AUGAGCAAAGUCUCAUUUCGUGCUCGACAAAUAGAUUUUAACAAACCCUUGCCUAUUCUGAAGCAUGGUUCUGAAUUAUUCCUUGAAAUCAGUGAAAAUGCACUGGUCAAUCGUGGCGUUCCACAGAUUCCCAGCGGGAUGGAGAAAGAGGAGGAAAAUGAACAUCACUUUCUGGAGGUUAUUCAGGCCUUGCAACUCCGUACAGACUCAGAUGUUAAAAUACCUGUCCCCGAGAUAAUUGACAAAGAGAAUGAUUAUAAAAGGGUUUAUCCAGACAGCUUUAGUCUACCAAAACAGCUCUUACAUAUCAGAACAAUCGUGUUCUCGGAAGAGGAACCAAUUGAAUAUGAUAUGGAUAGUGAGGAUGAAGAGUGGUUCCAAAAAAGUGGUCUGGGUAUUACUCCUGAAAAAUUUGAGUCUAUGAUCGACCGCCUUGAGCGUGGUUGUGGUCAAAAGGUAAUGAAUUUGGAAGAAGCUAAGUACCUUCUUCAAGACCACCCAUCCCUAGUUAUCGCUGUGUAUGAUUAUUGGCUUAAUAAGCGUGUUCAGUCAAGGCAACCUCUCCUUUACGCUGUUCGACAAGAGCGACGUGAUGGUGGUAGUAACACGGAUCCAUAUGUGGCGUUCCGAAGACGGAGUGAAAAGAUGCAAACCCGUAAAAACCGAAAAAGUGAUGAGCAGUCGUACGAAAGGAUGUUGAUCUUGCGAGAACAAAUGGAUUCUUUAGGGGAGAUACUCGGUCGACUUGUCAAACGUGAAGCUACAAAGGAAGCAAUUGUUAACUGUGACUACAGAUGCUUUCAGCUAAGAUGCAAGCUAUGCGACUGGGAAGGUUCAAGUCUCGUAGAAGCCGAAGCUUUAGUGCGGAACCAUCACGAGGAUGAAAGUGUAGUAGCUAUGAAGUCUUUGAAAGACAACAAAAGGCGUCCUAAUCGCAAGCGCAAACUGGUCAAGAGGUUCAGCAAUCUUCCAAACCCCACAAGUUCCGACGAGGCUUCUGACAAUGACGAUGAUCAAAGUGGACCAUUCUCUUUUGUUAGAACUCCUGGUUGCCGAUAUUUGAAGCCAAGGUCAUUGCUAGAAGAGCGUCCCACACUUUCCAGUCCCCAUCUUUCCCGCUCACCUUAUUCCUGCUAUACAUUAGCAACAAUUCCACGACUGUGUCAUACAAAGCAUCUUACCUACACCGGCUACAUAAGGCGUCGUCUUGGUCGUGGUGGUCGAAUAAUAUGUGAUCGCGUUGCAGCCCCCACGCCACUUUCUACUUAUCUCCAGUCCUAUGAUGCAAAUUUGAGAUCUAGUGGUCCAGUCAGUCCAAGUCUUAUACCUUCAAACUUUUGCUGGCGACAGUCACAAACAAAAGAUGUUGCUUUGUUUAAUAGACUAAAGACUUCUAUUUUCAGUUCGCACCGUGGGCGUCCUUCAUUCUCAUGGCCUGUUUCUGAAACUAUCUUCCCACCAAUACCCUUUGAACCUCUACUUAUUGAAUCUAAAGGUUCCACGGAUCAUCGUUCCUCUCCUAUUUUCUACUCGAAGACGGAUUGUCCAACAACUUCGAGGAAGCAUCCGGAUGAUGUGACCGUAGAUGAAGUUGCUCUGGAUGCGGGACGUGAGUUAAAUGAUGUUUCGAAUGAUGGUUUGUUGAUUCAGGAAAAACAUUCUCCCUUGCACCAUCAGAACGAUCUAACGCCAAAGAAAUCAGUUAAUGUAUCGCCCGCGGUUAUGAUUCCCAUCACGAAUCCAAAUAUGUGUCAAGCCUCCCAGGCGAUAUUGGUGCCGAAGCCUAGCAAUAGUUUGGUAUCAACUCAUCGCCUCUGGCGAAAGCUGGCAAGGCCAUACGGUGUUACACUUCAGCCUUCUGAGUUUCCCAAGUCCCCUAGUGUUGAUGUUUCUUUCAGUAAUUCUAAUGGUAACGGCCUUUCUUCGACGGACAAUAGGAUGUUGCUGACGGAUCCUUCAGUCUUGCCACCACCUAAAGUACGCUGUCUAACUCGUGACUGUGGGUCUAGGGAUUCAAAAGUUCCUGGUCCUCAGUUGCAUGUUACAAAUGGAGUGAGCCCAACACAGAUCUUUCAGCUUCCAACUUAA